AUCGUAUCAGAUAUCGGACUCCCCACUCCUGCGACGACCGUGGAGCUAGCGAGGUCAACAUACCAGCAGCCAGCGUCUUUCGUGCGAGACCCAAGUGUGGUGGCAGGAGCGGCCAAUACGUCCGCUCAGCAGGUGGCAAGAUCUGGCCCGCCGCACUCCCAACCUGCUGGCAGAGACGAAAUGGUGCGGAGGACAACGGCGCCCACGUCGGCUAGCAAGCCACAGGUAGCCGUGGGGCCACGUCAUGUGGAAGCGACACCUUCUAAGAUGGGGCGUCCAGCGCAGGCGGGCUCUGCACAGUCUACGCGCGGAGGCGCCACUUCCCAGCGAAUAUCAUUCAAGGACGUCGAAGAGAUGGACUUGACGGAGGAAUUUGCCAGACUGCAAAGCCCGAGUGCGAAAAGGCGGGCCCCGCCUCCUAUAGCUGGACGCAAGCGUAAGAGCGAUGAGUUUGAACUGGACAUCCGCAGUCAGACUGCUUCUGCGAAACGUCCAGUGCCUCCUCAGGUCAUCACACCACGGGCUUCGCAGGACUUCCCGUCUAUCGAGGAGGAUGAUGAGUUCGAUGACAGUACAGUCGGCCCUCCGCCACCAUAUUCUACUAUUCCCCCGAAGCAACAGACGUCAGCAGGGCUACGAGUCACUGGAAAUGAUGCAAGAGCCCCCGUGAAAUCGUUCGUGCAAGAUUCUGAGGAUGACGAUGACGAUCUCAUGAAUUUUGGUCACAAUGAAUAUAAUGGAAAUACUGCGGCACACCAGAGCACUCCUCACAGGCAGCCCGUUGACGUCAAGCCGAUCAUCAUUAGUUCUCCAGUUGUGGAUGCGCCGCCUAUCAAACGGCCAACAUCACGCGUAGUAGAGCAUUCCCACAUCAGCUCUCCGGGAGCGAUCCCACCUCCGAUACACUCCCAGGCAUGGUCCCGACCUGCAGAGGUGUUGCCAACUGUACACUACCCAGAUCUCAAAGCUACCCCAGGCUCAAAAGCAAUGAAUACACCAGUUCCACCACCGACCAACACCACUCCAGCAUUGACACCCGAAGCAGAAGAGCUGAAAACACUGCUUCUCACAUUAUUUGGUUCGUUCGAUACGUUUCACGCGCGUGCCUCAGCAAGAAUCGACGACAGAAUUGAAGUCGUUGUGGAAGAAACGACAGAUUGGAUGGAGGCUGGAAACGAUGACACCUCGAAAUUUGAUGCUGAGCUGGACGAACUUGAGGUCAAGAAGAGAAAUCUCGCCACACUCAAGUCCAAGUGUUCUGCUUAUAAGAAGGCGCAGGAGCACCGAGACCAAGCGAGGAUCGACCUGAAGCAGGCAGUAGCUGCACGGGAAGGUCGAGCUGAAGCGAAUGCAGCAAGUCGCGCUGCCCGAGACCGCCUGGACCAACUAGAGAACGAGUGCAUUGCAUUGCUCAAAUCUUGCGAGGAUGAUAUUCGCGCAGUAAUCGAUCCGCGCGUGGCAGUGAUGUCAACACAAGCGUUUCCAAGUGCUCCGGAAAGGGCACCUGCGCUGGCCAGCUCAAGCCGCAUCGCUCAAACCCAAGUCCAGCAGCAGAUGCUACCUCCUGCGCGGAAAGCCCAAGCACAGACGAAUCACGCUGAUACGGGAAAUGCUCGCGUCCGAUUCGACGAUAACUCGAGACAGCAGGACAGCCUCAUGUUCAGCGACCAUGCUUUCGACGACGAUAUUGAUGACAUGGACAUGCUCGAUACAAAUCGUGGCGUGUACGCUACGCGAAUGGGCACUCCGCCUGCUGCCUAUGAUGACGAUGAUGACUAUGGCAUGGAUGACGACGACGAGAUGCUGGACGUCGUACAAGGCUAUGACAACAGAGACGGAGGCCCGUCCACCAAGAUCACUCCUGGAAGAGCUGUAUUCGCUGAGAUGUCAAACAACGUGCAAGGACGACCUCAACCAGUCAAGACGAAGAGAGGUCCUGCGGUACAGUCGGAAGCUGAAAAGCAAGCGGCUCAUCGAGAGAAUAUGCGCUUCCCAUGGUCACAGGAAGUUGCGGAUAGGCUCACGAAGGUGUUCAAGAUGAAGGGGUUCCGCGAGAACCAAUUUCAAGCCAUCAAUGCCACUCUGAGUGGCAAAGAUGUCUUUGUAUUGAUGCCAACCGGGGGUGGCAAGUCGUUGACAUAUCAACUGCCUGCUUUGAUCCAGACGGGCAAGACUCGAGGCGUCACGGUCGUAGUGUCGCCCCUACUCAGUCUCAUGCAAGAUCAAGUUCAACAUCUCAAGCAGCUUGGCAUACAAGCCUUCCUCAUCAAUGGUGAGACCACCCCUGAAGACAAGAGGAGGGUCAUGGAUGCUCUCUGGAAGCCGAAUGUCGAGCAGUUCGUGCAGUUGCUGUAUGUCACCCCGGAGAUGCUGGGAAAGAGUGAGAACAUGCUCCGAGCAUUCGAGGGAUUGCAUCGCCGCGGCAAGUUUGCGAGGCUUGUGAUCGAUGAAGCACAUUGCGUCAGUCAAUGGGGCCAUGAUUUUCGUCCCGAUUACAAGAACCUGGGUGAAAUUCGACAGCGAUUUCCAGGCGUGCCGCUCAUGGCGCUGACAGCUACGGCAACGACGCGAGUACGAGAGGAUACCAUGCACAAUUUGGGCAUGGAGAAGAACAAUCCGGACAAAUGCCAAGUGUUCACGCAAAGCUUUAACCGCGAGAAUCUGUAUUACGAAGUCCGCCCCAAGCCGAAGGGCAAAGAGGGAAUUUCCGCCAUGGCGGACAUCAUCAAGGACUCGCAUCCCAGAGAGACGGGCAUCAUAUAUUGCUUGUCGCGUGCAAACUGCGAGGACAUUGCGAAAGCGCUGCAGAAGACCCAUAAGAUCCGAGCGCAGCACUACCACGCUGGCCUGAAAGGAUCUGAGAAGAGUAUGGUACAGGAAGAGUGGCAGGCGGGCCGAAUCAAGGUCAUCGUAGCCACUAUCGCGUUCGGCAUGGGCAUUGACAAGAGCAACGUUCGGUUUGUUAUACACCACACCAUUCCUAAAUCUUUGGAAGGCUACUACCAGGAAACCGGCAGAGCUGGUCGCGAUGGCAAUCCUUCUCGAUGCUACUUACUCUAUGGGUAUGGCGAUGCGGGCAAGUUACGUCGCAUGAUUGACGAUCCCAAGAAUGAAGGCAGUCGAGAAGUGAAGGACAUGCAGCACCAGAUGCUGCGCAAGAUGAUUCAGUACUGCGAGAAUAGGAGUGAUUGCAGGCGCGUGCAGGUGCUCAGCUACUUCAACGAACGCUUCGACAAAGCAGAUUGCCACGGCGGGUGCGAUAAUUGUCAAUCGGAAUCCACCUUCCAGGAAGUCAACCUCACCAAAGAAGCAGAGCAAGCCAUCAAUCUCGUGAGACAAGUGAAGACGCACAAGGUGACGAUUCUACACUGCAUUGAUGUGUUCAGAGGCGGAAUGAGCGCGAAGGCGAAAGCUCUUAAUCACCUCGAUCUGCCAGAAGCUGGUGCUGGCUCGCACCUUAAUAGGGGCGACGUCGAGCGGCUGUUCUAUCAUCUGCUAAACGAGGAGGCUAUUGUCGAGGUUAAUUGUGUCAACAAGCGCGGUUUUGCGAACCAAUAUGUGAGUCUUGGCCCUCGAUGCAUGCAAUUUCGCCCUGGUCGCACAGAGAUGAUCAUGAAGAUCAGCACUUCGCCACCAAAGGACAAGACUGUCAAUGCACCAACCAAGAAGUCGAAGAGUACAAAGAGGCAGAAGGAGCUGCCGAUGUCGACCAAUGUCUCCUCACCUCUUCAAGGUCCCUCGAAACGAAAGAAAGCGGAUGUACAGACCAAGCUUGAGCGCAGAAAGCAUGCCAAUGGAUACGCUGAUGACGGGUUCGUAGUCGAAGAUGAACCCGGCUUCAGUGCAGACGAGAGCGACGACGGUUUCGAGCCCAUUCGAACCGUGAGCACUAAAGCUCCCGAGCGCAGGGCACCAGCCAAAGGCCUCACAGCUCCCAUUGCGUCAGACGUUCUCAUGGACAGUUUGGAUCCCGUGAAGAGAUACCUCGUGAAUGACUCUGUGAAAGCUGCGAUCAAGAAGCUGAAGCAGAUUAUGAAGAGGGAAAAGCUGAUGUGGAUGCCCUUUACGGAAACCAUGCUCCGGAUCAUGUUUAUCAAUUCCCUCGACACUAAGGAGAAGCUGCAGACGAUUCCUGGGAUCGACUACGAGCGUAUCAAUCUUUAUGGGCAGCACAUGAUCAAGCUCGUCAAGGAGUACAUCGGCCGCCUCGCAGAAUGCGCUGACGAUGGCAAUGCGAACAAUGAUGAUGGUAAUCCUCCCGCUGACGAAGAAUGCGAGGAAGAGCCCACGAAUGAUCACCAACAUGAGAAGAACGUGAUCGUCAUCGAUAGUGAAGGCGAGCCGGGCGAAGAGGACGACUACGGUCUCGAAGACGAUGACGAUGCAUAUGACCUGGGCGAACAGAGUCGCCACUUCGCACCUCAAUCGAUCCCGAAAGAGGUUGCAGAGUGGAACGCCGGUUUCGUGCAACCUGUGAACCAGGCUCAGACGAAUUUUCCCGAUUCGCAGACGCAGAAGAAAGUUACUGCCAAGAAAUACGUGGCCAAGGACAAGUCCCAGGCCACGUCGCACGAGAGCGGCGCUCGAAGAACGUAUUCAGGCGGCGGCGGCGGCAGCAGCAGGUCGAUGAGCAAAGGAUCCGCGAAGACGGGUAAAGGAGAAUCGAACACUGGUCGACGAAGAGGAGGAGGAGGAGCACGUGGAGGAUUCGGUGGCAUUAGUAUGAUGCCGACUUGAGGCUCCGCGCUCCAUGGCCUGCUGAACUUUGCGCUGGCUCGAUACUGAUGUGCUACGUGCACACGAAUGAUGCGCUCUCGAGCAUGUUUCCUCUCGUGCACGUGCGAUUACAACAACACCCCAUAUUCCUGUCCAUAUUGUCAAUUUCAGAUUCCGAUGUUUACAGCAUAUCAACUGCCAAGAGCGCUCGGGAUCUUCGAACGUCUGGUCCUGGCCUCCUACUGCAGAUACUCGCUUGGACAUACUUGUUGAUGAACUCGCAAUCGUUGUCUUGGGAUCUUUCGGUCCGGGUUUCGGCGUUGUGAUGAUCCCGUCGUGCUGCAACAGCUGGUCCGCCAAGUCUUUGAAAGCUUCACAAUGAAACUCUCAAUUUACCGGUCGUAAGAGGAGAUUUAAAUCCGCGUCGCGAUGUCCCUUGCAAUAUGUUGCGGACCGAAUGACAGACAUGCAUGUUGAUACUCGUUGGAGGAGGGGAGGGGUGUUUGAUGGUAAAAGGACUGACUACUCGAUGCAGCAUGCCUACCUACUUACGAGAGUGAGCCCUCAGUUGCACACAACUACCAAGUCGUCGCAAAAAACAAGAAAAAAAAAAUAAAAGAGAGUCUAGACUCGCUCGGUGGGAUGUUGCAAAAUGAUGCCGUUACGGAAUGUCUUGUCUCAGAUUGAGUUGCGGGCGUCGUUGGCAGUCAUGGGGAUCGUACAGCUAGUUGUACCUUUUCUCGGCGAGACCGAGUCAGACACAACACAACACACGACAAGCUAGGAAGUCAGAAGUCAUUACAUACAUGUACAUACAUGCAAAAG